AUGACAGGCGAACUCCAUCACGAUACCGUGGAAGAUGACCAUACCAUCACGCGGGCUAUUCCUGUCCAAUCAAACCCGGACGAGGCAACUUCCCUAGAUCUCAGCAGGACACCGACAGUACCAAGCAAGAGCCACGACAAGGACCGACCCAAUCUAUACCAUGUCCAAUCAACAAUCUCACACCACGACAUACAGGGUGUCCCAAGCCAUAGCAGUUCAUAUAUCGAGGUCAACGCCGCACAGUACGAACGCUUCAGCAAUCGUCGCAAGGUCCUGAUAACAAGCAUCCUAUCACUAUGUGGCUUCCUCGCACCCAUCUCCUCCACGACCAUCCUCGCAGCCAUCCCUGAAGUUGCUACUACGUAUAACACCACCGGCACCAUCAUCAACCUUUCAAAUGCUCUCUAUCUGAUCUUCAUGGGCAUAUCGCCAUCCUUGUGGGGUCCCCUCUCGACGAUAUAUGGUCGGAGGUGGAUAUGUAUCAUAUCGGCCGCUCUGUUCUUCGCUUUCAGCGUUGGUACCGCGCUGGCGCCCAAUCUUGCCUCGUAUUUUAUUUUUCGAAUGCUCACCGCCUAUCAAGGGACAUCAUUCCUGAUCGUGGGGACCUCUUGUUUGGGGGAUAUAUAUACACCCACCGAACGUGCGACCGCACUCGGUUGGUUUCUUUCUGGGACCCUUAUCGGACCGGCCUUUGGGCCGUUCAUUGGCGGGAUCAUCGUCACAUUUCGCUCGUGGAGAGAUAUAUUCUGGCUACAAGCCGCUCUAGGUGGAUUCGCCACCAUCUUGGUGGUUUUCUUCCUUCCGGAGACGAUCCACGAGAAGAAAAUCGAGGAACUGCGCGAGUUUCCGCGCAAGGAGCGUGCGAGAAAGAUCAUUCAUGGGCUGUCCCCUUUCCGCGUCGCCAUCCUGCUCUUCAGCUAUCCAAAUCUCCUACUGGCCGGUUUGGCAUCCAGCUCGCUCGUGUUCAACAUGUAUUCGUUGCUAACACCGAUCCGAUAUGUGUUGAAUCCACGUUUCCACCUGACCUCUCCCAUCCAGUCUGGCCUAUUUUAUAUCGCGCCCGGCUGUGGUUAUCUGGUCGGAACUUUCAUGGGCGGGCGAUGGGCAGACUACAUGGUCAAGAAAUGGAUUCAGAAGAAAAACAAGCGCGUGCCCGAAGAUCGGCUCCGGUCUUGCUAUGCCUUCAUGGGAGGACUGAUUCCCGUGUGUAUGCUCAUCUACGGCUGGUCUGUCGAUCAAGCGGUCGGCGGUGUUCCUCUUCCCGUUCUCGCCAUGUUCGUCCAAGGUGUCGCGCAGCUAUUCUGCUUCCCCAGCCUCAAUACUUACUGUUUAGAUGUCAUGCAAGCCAAAGGUCUCUCGUCCGAGGUCGUCGCGGGCAAUUACAUGAUCCGGUAUUUCUUUGCCGCGGCGGGUAGUGCUGUCUGUUUACCUGCCAUUCAGAAGGUGGGUGUGGGAUGGUUCUCAACCAUCUCUAGUGGAUUUCUCAUUCUCUCUGCGGUCAGCGUGUGGGCCACGACUGUGUGGGGCGAGAGCUGGAGACAUGCUGUUGAUGCUCGAAAGAAGCGGAGGCGUGCAGCAAAGAAGUCUGAAGGCCAGAAAACUGAGGGUGGAGGGUCUGGUGUGUGA